UAAAUUAAAUAUCGAAGGUCGUGUCUAAUAGAAAUUAUAAUUAGUGAAAUAAUAAAUCAAGGCGCAUUUUUGAAAAAUCCUGAAAAUAAUUUUGAGGUUAACUCAUUUAAAAAAGAGUUUAAAACGUUUAAAAGCUGCUCUUAUCGCAGUUAAAUCAUUAUUUGAAUUAAUUUAUUUAAUUUUUCUCCCUGGAACUUUGUUUUAAUUAUAAUUGCUUCAUCGAAUGCUAAAAUAGCCCUGAAGGAAAAUACAAAAUACCUUCGAAUAUUUUUAAAUAAACAAAUUUCUAUUUGUCAUUGAGUUUCUUUUAAGUCGAAAAAAGUGGAUAAAUUAAUCAAAAAACAUGUCACAUAUUAAAAAAACAGAUUUUAAAUUAUCUCCUGAUCAUGAAUUUAUUGUGCCAACGAAAGGAAUCAAAAAUCCAAAUGAUAUGACCGUUUGGCAAAAAUCCGAGGCUUAUUUCGAAUACUUAGGAUUUAUUCUCGCAAUUAAUGAAUCGAUUCAAGGAAAAAGUAUCAAUGCACAAACCGAGACUUCGUCAAUUGUUGAAAAAAUGAUGAAAAUGCUGAAUAAAUUUGAUGAUCUGAUAACUCAAAUUCCACCAGUUGAUCAGCCUCAGCGGUUUGGAAAUCAAGCGUUUCGUACUUGGCACAGUAAAAUACAAGAGUCUUCCAUUGACGAUUUAAAAGAAGUAUUACCGGAAGAUAUACACAAAGCAAUUCCCGAAAUAGUUGAAUAUUUACUCGAGGGUUUUGGAAAUCCAACACGUAUUGAUUACGGAACAGGUCACGAGAUGACAUUUAUUAUGUUUCUGUGUUGUAUGUUUAAAAUUGGAGCUUUCACAGAACAAGAUAAAGUGCCAGUUGCACUUAAAAUAUUCAAUAGAUAUUUAGAAAUUGUUCGAAGGCUGCAAUUAGUUUAUAAAAUGGAACCGGCCGGAAGUCACGGCGUUUGGAGUCUCGAUGAUUUUCAAUUUGUUCCAUUUAUUUGGGGAAGCGCUCAGUUAAAUGGUCAUCCACGUAUUGAGCCACAACAUUUUGUCGAUCAUGGCGUCGUGGAAAAUUAUGGAAAACAAUACAUGUUUCUUGGAUGCAUCGAUUAUAUUUGUAAAGUAAAAACUGGACCAUUCGCUGAACACUCGAAUCAACUUUGGAAUGUUAGCGCAGUCUCGUCUUGGUCUAAAGUUAAUAGUGGUCUUAUCAGAAUGUAUAAAGCUGAGGUUUUAGCAAAAUUUCCAGUUAUUCAGCAUGUUCUAUUCGGUUCCUUGUUCUCCAUAAAACAAGCACCGGAGAACGUAAGUUGUAAUUCGUCUCUUCUUGGUCCAUCGGCGGGUUUACUUCGUACAUAAAUCUUCCUCUAAAAUUAAUCUUUCGAAUUUGAAAUCGUAGCUUGUGAAAAUAAUUGCAUUGGUGCUGUUGACAAUUGUCGUAACAAGAGAAAGAAGAAAAAUACCAAUUUCUUAGUUGUACAUUUUGUAAUUAUUGGUAUUCACUGUUACUGUUUGAAUAAUUGAAAAUACUCAAUAUCUUUUCUUUAAUUCCAAAUGUUAGAAUCUUAAAAUUUAAUUUAAAAAUAAUGUAAUUAUUCCAACAUAGGUAAUUUAAUUGUAGUUCAUUUUUUCAAUUAAUCAAAUAAUACUUUAAAAGUUAAAAUGUGAAGAAAAUGAAAAUAUUUGAAUGUGUGUAAUUUUCUCUGCUUCAAAUACAAUAGUUUCUUGUGAAUCAAAAAUAAGGAAAAUAUAUUUA